AAGGAAAGAGUUUAUUUCAUCUUACCCUUCCAGAUCAUAAUCCAUCAUUGGAGGAAGUCAGGACAGGGUCUCAAGCAGGGCUAAAACCUGGGGGCAGGAACCGAUGCAGAGGCCAUGGAGGGGUGCUGCUUACUGGCUUGCUCAGCCAGCCCAGGCAUGGCACCACCCACAAUGGCAUUUCUUCAAUUGAGCUUCCUUCUUCCCUGAUGACUCUAAUUGACACACAAAACUAGCCGGCACACAGGGUCUCACUAUGUAGCCCUGGCUACCCUCGAACUUGCUAUGUAGACCAGGAUGGCUUCAAAUGUAUAGAGUUCCUCCCGCCUCUGCCUCCUGAAUGCUGGGAUUAAAGGCGUGUGACACCAUGUGCAACCAUUUUAAAAUUAAUUUUUUUGAAGUAGGCUCUCACAUAGCUCAUGCUCAACUUAAACUUACCAAGUAGUCUAAGACUUCUGAUCCCUCCCCCUCCCCCCCUCCCCGCCCCCACCAGCUGCCCAUUGCUGGUAUGACAGGACAUGCAAAUAUCUAUGUCCAGUCAUUUUUUUGUGGAUCUUCGUUCAUGUUUGGCCCAUUUUCUUUUAAACUUCUGAGCUGUAGUUUCCUCACCUCACUUAUUAAGAAUUAAACAAGAUUCAAUGAGAUCGCUUUAUAAAUAUGGUUGUCUAGCUUGAGUUCAUUCCAAAGCUUGGACUUGCCGCAUCAGAGGCUGCCCUGCAGGGGUCGCCAGCGCGCUCUCGGUCUGGUGGCGUCCGCGGCUCCACCUCCCGCGUAAGGCUGUCCGGCUGGCUGCCUGACCCAGCAACGUCCCUAGCUGCGGCGAUCCCACGUCCCGCAGACGCACGAGGACACCGCGGGCCCGUCGGGACGCGCUGGAUAACGGAGCUUCUGCGGCGUUGCGGGCGGGCAGCGCGGCCCGGCCGGGGUCCUUGCGGGUCCUCGGCGGGCCCGGGGGAGGGCCCUCUUUGUGGCUGCAGUUGGCAAGAUGGCGCCGGUGGGGGUGGAGAAGAAGCUGCUGCUGGGUCCCAACGGGCCCGCAGUGGCGGCCGCCGGCGACCUGACAAGUGAAGAGGAGGAAGGCCAGAGUCUAUGGUCUUCGAUCUUGAGCGAAGUGUCCACCCGUGCCAGGUCCAAGCUGCCGUCCGGCAAAAACAUUCUGGUGUUCGGUGAAGAUGGUUCUGGUAAGACAACUCUCAUGACCAAACUCCAAGGAGCAGAACACGGCAAAAAAGGAAGAGGCUUAGAGUAUCUUUACCUCAGCGUUCAUGAUGAGGACCGGGACGAUCACACACGCUGCAAUGUGUGGAUUUUAGAUGGAGACCUCUACCAUAAAGGCCUGCUGAAAUUUGCAGUUUCAGCUGAGUCUCUGCGGGAGACCCUGGUCAUUUUUGUUGCCGACAUGUCUCGACCUUGGACGAUAAUGGAGUCUCUGCAGAAGUGGGCUAGUGUUUUACGGGAGCACAUUGACAAGAUGAAGAUUCCACCGGAGGAGAUGCGGGAUCUGGAACGGAAAUUUAUGAAAGAGUUUCAAGAUUAUAUCGAGCCUGAAGAAGGUUGUCAGGGUUCCCCACAGAGAAGAGGGCCUCUGACCUCAGGCUCAGACGAAGACAGUGUUGCCCUCCCUCUGGGUGACAACGUGCUGACUCAUAACCUGGGGAUCCCAGUGUUGGUGGUGUGCACAAAGUGUGAUGCCAUGAGCGUCUUGGAGAAGGAGCACGAUUACAGGGACGAGCACCUGGACUUCAUCCAGGCGCACCUGCGGAGAUUCUGCCUCCAGUAUGGAGCAGCCUUGAUUUACACCUCAGUGAAGGAAGAGAAAAACCUUGACUUGCUGUAUAAGUACAUUGUUCAUAAAACCUAUGGCUUCCACUUUACCAUACCCGCCUUAGUUGUGGAAAAGGACGCGGUUUUUAUACCUGCAGGCUGGGACAAUGAAAAGAAAAUAGCUAUUUUACAUGAAAAUUUUACAACCGUGAAGCCAGAAGACGCGUAUGAAGAUUUUAUUGUAAAGCCGCCUGUGAGAAAGCUGGUCCAUGACAAAGAGUUGGCAGCGGAGGAUGAGCAGGUGUUCCUAAUGAAGCAACAGUCACUCCUUGCCAAGCAGCCUGCCACGCCCACAAGAACCUCCGAAUCCCCUGCCAGAGGACCCUCUGGCUCUCCAAGGACGCAGGGUCGGGGUGGACCAGCUAGUGUACCAAGUGCCUCCCCCGGAACUUCAGUAAAGAAGCCAGAUCCAAACAUCAAAAAUAAUGCGGCAAGUGAAGGGGUAUUGGCCAGCUUCUUCAAUAGUCUGUUGAGUAAAAAAACAGGCUCUCCCGGAAGUCCUAGUGCUGGUGGAGUGCAGAGCACAGCCAAGAAGUCAGGUACAGAAGGGCCUCAGAGCUUCAGAUCCUUAACAGGGCAGUGCUGUCAAAUGGGGUUGCACACGGCAGCGGUCGCUUUCGCCAUCUGCACACCUCCAGUGUUCCAGCUAGCUGUGAACAGAAGCAAGCCUUGUCCUGGCAGUUAAGAUCUCGAGCUGUUCUUGUGGAAGGCCCAGGGUUUCAGCACCUGAAAUAGUAGUUCCAUAACACCCUUAACUCCAGUUCUAGGGGAUCCGACACCCUCUUCUCACCCCCUUGGGCACCAGGCAUGCCCAAGGCACAUAGACAUACAAGCAGGCAGACAUAAUGUUCGUGUACAUAAAAUUAAAUAAAUAAAAUCUGGGGGCGGGGGGAAGAGUUUUAUUUGCUUCACAGCCCCGUUUUAUUUGCUGGAGCCUGUGAACCUGCAUAGUCUACCGCAGGAUCCCUCUGUUGUAUUCCUUCUAUUCAGGCUGGUAGGACAAGCUAGUCUUGAAGGUUCCUAAAAUAAAGUGGUUAAGUUCUUAGGAAUCACAUCCUUUCAUUAUUGUGGGGCCAGAGAUUAACCUAGGAGUUGAUGGAUGCUAGGCAAACAGUAGAGUGUGCCUCUGGCUCACCUUUGUGGUUUAGAGGCAAACCUCUGUUGGCCUCAUCCGCUGUCUGGCCUUAACUCUUGAUCCUCUUGCUAGGAUUGUAAGUAUGCGCCACAACACCCCACAUAUAAAGGGCAUAUUAGGCAUAUGCUGUUGCGUGUUUUCUCCAAUUGAUUUUCCAAAGUAGAUGAGGAUGUUAGAAGAUCAUGGUGUCCUUAGGGCAGUCUGAGCCUCCAGCAACUUUGGAGUUCUUAGAGACCCAAGAAUCUGAUCUGGGCCUCAGCUUUGACCUUGUGUUUGUCCCUUACCAGAUAAGGGUCAUUGUCCAGGCUCUGGUAGUGUUUGACAACAGGAAAUAGGAGCACCAACAUUGUGCAGGAUGGACUGCUUGGCCUGGCCUCACUUUCAACAUAAGACAUAGUAUCUCCAUGUGAGUCAGUUUAAACUAAGUGACUUUAUGGGUAGGGUGUUUUUGUUUUCUGGGAAUCGAACCCUACACAUUAAUGGAAAUACUUUGCCAGGACUACAUCAUCAACCCAUUAAUCAGUCUGACGUGUUGUAGUUAGAAAUGAAGCAUGAGUGCCUGUCUGGGAAACAAUGUAGUUUACUACAUGCCUGAAAUUCAGAUGGGGACCUCCAGGGAGACCGUGGAAAAGGUGCACAGGGCUCAGGGAUGGGGGAUGAGGGUUUUCAGAAAGACCCCUUGAGUUUGAUACAGAGGCAUCCCCAGGCCCUGCCGAGGAGGCGGCUGCCUAGUUGCAGAAGCACAGACCUGUGGCACUGGCAGUAACAAGAUUAGGGUCUGGUUUUUUUGUUAUCCUUGUUGAAAAGACUUUUCUCAUUUUGAGGAUGCUGUCACUAGGAAAGAUGGGUUUUGAGGCCAGCCUGAUCUACAGAGUAAGUUCCUGGACAGCCAGGGCUAUACAGAGAAACCCUGCAUAGAAAACAAAAUUAUUUCCUCACACUGCUAUUUUGUGUUUGUUUUUUUUUCUCUCUCUCUCUCUCUUUCUUGUUCCAUUUCUUUUCUUUAAGGACAAAAGACUGUGUUGUCAAAUGUUCAGGAAGAACUGGAUAGAAUGACUCGAAAGCCAGACUCCAUGGUAACAAACUCUUCAACAGAAAAUGAAGCCUGACCCUCCUUUGAAAGUGCAUCUGUCAAAUGACCAAAUAACUAUGUAUAUUCAUCUGAUAAGACCAGGAUUUUUCUGAUUCGGCACAUGCUGUCAGUUUUUGGGGGUAGGGGAGAUGAACUUUAAAACAAUACAUAUACUUCUUUGGCUUGUCCGAGUGUGAGAUGCACAUUUAGGAGGCUCCAUGUCAGGCCCCUUCUUAGGGAUGUCCCUUGGACUCUUGGGCUGCGAUUCUCUUGUGGGAAGCAAGUGCAGCUGGCCUUGUAGAGUGGAGAAAGGAGGCCCACUUUCUAUCAGGGUGGAGCAAAGGAGACUAGGAAGGCAUUGUUCAGAUGGAUGGUUAGUUUGACCAGUUGCGUGUUAGCAAAUUCACUUGUUCUUGGGAAGCAGGUUAAGUAGCUGACAGUCCAGGAAAGAGAAAGGUUCCGGAGGGACGAGAGAAGUGCUGGUGGGGAAGCCGAAGGUUGAGGGAGGUGGAGGAAGGAAGCGAGUGAGCGGGCAGGCAGUGUUAGUAAGUACAAGCUCGGUAGAAACCAGAUAGCAACAGUUAAGACCUAACAAUUAGAAACAUUUCCAAACUAAGCACUAAACAGAAUGGGAGCUGGGCUUGUUCUAAAUGAUCUUUAAGUUAUGGGAAAUGUGUUUUAUGUAGGGUGCUGAGUAAGGUGGGCUGACUCAGGGCUGGUGAAGACCACAGCUGCCCCCGGGACCCACAUGCUUGACCCAGGCCAUGUCCCUUGUCCUUGGAGAGAUGUCGGGCUCUAUGCAGAUGUAACCUGGGGCAGGCAGUCGCUGUGCGUUAUGUUCAAAGUCAGCAGAUACAAAACUAGAUAUUUUAAAUAGUUCCUGUUUUGUGUUGUUUAAUUAUUUUUUUAACUACCACAGGCUGGCCAACUAAUAGAAAAAGGGUGAUUGAUUUCUCAUUUUGUACCAUGUUGGCAAUGUUCUAGGGAAAGUGUGGGGGAAGUAUUUAAUGUCGUUACACUCUGGUUAUUUGGCUUGUGCCAGGUCCUGCCUUAGAGCCUGUGGUAACCCUCCCUGAUACAGAAAGGUUCUUUCUGUAGCUCCCUGGUCGGAUCAUUGCUGUCAGACCGACAGGUGGGUGCUUUCCAUGGAGAGUGGAAGUGGUAGGCUUGUGCUUUCCAUGAAACGUAGCACUUCUUCUCUUAAGGAGGUGCAAGUCUUCUGUGUCUUCCAUCAGGGGCAUGUUCAUGAACACUGUCAUGUCACACCACCAUGCUGAAGAUAACUUCUGUGGAUUUGAAAUGGCACUUUGAGUUUCUGUGUGACACAGCACAUGUAAAUGCAAGCACUACCAUGACUUUAAUGUAUAAAAUCUUUGUUAUCCAAACCAAGGGGAAAACCACAGUUCACUUCCGUGGAGUUUACUCUUUUUUUAUAUGAAUGUUUGUUACUGUGUCUCGGCAUAGUGUUCCUAAUGUUGUUACAUACAUGCCAGAUUUGACUAACCACUAAUGUAGUUGCGUAAGUUAACAUCUAGUUACAUGACAAGGCUGCUCAACUGUCGAGUGGCUUUGUAAAGGUCUGAACACUGUUAAGGGGAAAGCUGAGUGCUUGCUUGCCUCUCUAACAACAAAAAGAUGUGUCUUGUGCCGGUUGUACUAUUGAAAUAUAUUUUUUCCUUUUUUAAUUCAGUUUUUUUUGUUGUUGUUAUUUUGGUUUUGUUUUGUUUUGUUUUUUAAACAUGCAUUGUGGCUUCAAAUGACCAGGUUGUCCAGGCGAUGACAGCAAACUGGCUGGAGUGGAAACCAUGAUGGAGGGUCAACUGAUCUCCGUAGCAGCCAGGGCAAAGUGAAUGACCUCAGAAACUAGGAAUUCUUGCAAAGACACUGCCUAAUAGUGUGAUUUUGAAACCUUGAUACAAAAGUUAAAGUGUAUCACUGGAACGGGUAGGCACUUUUUGUGUUGAUGUCAAGUGUGCUCUAACCAACUGAGGAAAUGCUGAGGUCGGAGUGGGAGGGAGGCUUGGAGACCAUUGUGUUAUUCCUUUGAUACUUGGAUGCGCCUAGUUUCAGAAGAAACUGAUGCGUGUUGUCAUGUGCUCAGUAGUUGCCAAAGUCCACCAGCUUUGCGGAGCUUCAGGGUUUUUUGGGGGUUUGAGGAGAUGAGGUAAUUUUUAUUAUUUUAGGAGUUUCAAGCAUUGGAACCAAAGGCCAAAUAAUAAACAGCCUUUACUUUUUAGAGUAAAAUUAAUUCUAUUUGCAAGAAUACACUUGCAUGGUAGACUAUAAAAGACAAUUUUAUGACUAUUUAUACACAUUAUAAUGAUUACCUCUGUUUGUCUUUAAAUGGAUAAUUUUAAGUAAGCCCAGCCUAAAAAUUAUAGCCCACAUGAGGGCUGUGAAUUGGUCUUUCCUAAAAAUCCAACAUAUAUGCUGCUAGAUUAUUUUAUUUUAUUUGCAUUUUUUUUAAUAACAGGGAGGGUUUCUUUGUAUUGCCCUGGCUGUCCUGGAACUCACUCUGUAGAACAGGCUGGCCUCCAGAGAUCUGCCUGCCUCUGCCUCCCAAGUGCUAGGAUUGGUGUGUGCUACAGUGCCCGAUUGCACCUUUUUUUUCAUUUUUACUUUUUUUGUUGUUGUUGGCAUUUUAAAACCAGUGUUUAAACUGAAGAGACUGUUGUCUUGAUGAGGGUGAGAGCGACUGCUCUGUACAUCACGACCUUAACAAUGUUGAUGCUGUAAGUGGAAGUUCACUGUUGUCUCUCUGCUGAGUUCAUUGGUGUUUUUAACUUCGAAUUAGGACUGCGGACGAUCUCCCGUCAGCCUCAGUCCAGGGUGUGGCUCUGUCUGGGUGCAGUAUGCAGUCAUGUGGAACCUUGCUUUCUAGUGCUGGGGGAAGAGAUGUCUAAUUACUGGCUUCAAUAAACAAGAAUCCAGACUGCUAA